AUGGGCGGCACUGCUGUAACCUCUCAACCUGAUCACAACUCUGACCUCAGUGUCUGGACCUCACGCUUCAAUAGCCAGAGCCCGGAAUGGCGAAGUGACUUUGAAAAGAAAUUACUCAGGAAAGUCGACCUACGCCUUAUGCCCACGCUUGUCAUCAUGUACCUCCUCAACUUCCUCGAUCGCUCCAAUCUCGCUCAGGCACGCCAGGGCUCUCUAGAAAAAGACCUCAAAAUGUCAGGCACCGACUUCAACUUGGCCACCUCCAUCUUUUUCGUCGGAUAUCUCCUGAUGCAACUCCCGUCCAACCUGUUGUUGACACGCAUGCGGCCGUCGCUUUAUCUCAGCGCCUCAUGUUGCAUGUGGGGGGUUGUCUCAACCUGCAAUGCUGCUGCAGACUCCUUCACGCAUCUUGUCGUCAUUCGGUUCUUUCUUGGCUUCGUGGAAGCUCCGUUCUUUCCGGGGGCUGUGUUUCUCAUGAGUUCGUGGUACACGCGCGCAGAGCUUACCCGCCGCAUUGCCUGGCUCUACGCAGGGAAUGCAUUGGCAAACAUGUUUGGCGGGUUGCUAGGCGCGGCAAUUCUGGGAAGCCUUGAAGGGGCCCAAGAUAUCGCUGGGUGGAGAUGGCUAUUUAUUAUCGAGGGCGUAAUCGCGAUAGCCUUCUCCAUCUUAGCCGCCUUUAUUCUGCCCAACUAUCCUCACACGACGAAAUGGUUGACACAAGAAGAGAGCGCUUACGCUGCGUGGAGACUGGCCCAGGAUAUCAAUGAGGUCGACACAUACGGGGAAAUCACUGUCUGGGAUGGUGUCAAGAUGGCAGUCCGUGACUACCGCUUGUACGCCUUCAUACUAUUGCAGCACGUGAGCCUACUCUCCCAGACGUUUCAGUACUUCUUCCCAACUAUUGUGGGAACGCUUGGAUAUGGCAGAAUCGUUACGCUGUGGCUCACAGCUCCAGCCUGGUUCGCAACCUUCCUUCUCUCAAUAUGCGUUACGUUGAGCUCAGCUAGGACAAACGACAGAUCGCUACACAUCAUCUGUCUCAUACUUGUUGCAGCCAUUGGCAACGCCAUUGCAGCUGGCACUACAGUCAUUGGAGCACGCUUCUUCGCCAUGUUUCUUAUGCCCAUGGGCGCUGUGUCUUCCUACCAAAUCAUUGUCUCUUGGGUAGCAAAUUCCUUUCCUCGGCCACUUGUCAAACGGUCAGCCGCCAUUGCUAUUUGUAACAUGAUUGGCAAUACGGCAACGAUAUACGGAUCUUACAUGUACCCCAGUAGCGAUGGUCCCCAGUACAGGCCCGGAGGGAGUGCUAACGCAUCAAUCUGCGUGGUGGUCGCUCUGCUAGCACUCUUGCUGCGCUACCUCCACAAGUGGGAAAAUAAGAAGCUUGCAAGGGUUGAGAGACAGACCGCUGAGGCGGGAGAGGAAGGUGGAAAGGUAAAUAUGGAAUCAGCUGAUGGACAUGGACGCCCAGGAUUCAGAUACGUCGUUUGA